AUGCGCUUGUUGAGCAAAACCAGCAAGAAGCGGGAUAUUGUGUAUCCACUGCUGCAUGAUUUGUGCGAUGACUAUGGCCGUUGUGGUGAUAACAGAAUUUGUAGAAUUAACGAUAGGCUUAUUUGUGAGUGCUUGGAAGGGUUUGUUCCAAAAUCACAGGAGGAAUGGGAAUUUCAAAAUUGGACCAGUGGCUGCAUUAAGAGGACACAUUUAGACUGCCAAAAGGGAGAAGGAUUUAUGGAACUUGAAGAGUUGAUGAAUGGUUCCAGUGAAAUCAAGAAACGCUUGGUGGUUGUGGUGGUCUCAUCUACUGCUUCUGGAGUUUUCAUGUUGAGCUUGGUACUCUGGUUUAUGGUUCGGAAGAGAAAGAAAAGAAGUUCAGAAACAGAAAAUGAAGACCUGGAGCAGCAGUUGUUUGAUCUGGCUACUACUUCAAGUGCUACUAAUAACUUCUCUGAUUCAAAUUUGAUUGGGAAUGGUGGUUUUGAACCAAUUUACAAGGGUACCCUAGCGACAGGACAAGAAAUUGCAGUAAAAAGGCUUUCAAACAAUUCAGGACAAGGCUUUCAAGAGUUCAAGAAUGAAGUUAUUUUGAUUGUCAAACUUCAACAUCACAAUUUUGUGAGGCUUUUGGGUUAUUGCGUGGAAGAAGAAAGAAUGCUCAUCUAUCAGUAUAUGCCCAACAAAAGCUUGGACUGUUUUAUUUUUGGUCUGAAACUCUUAGCCCAAAAAAGGGGAACGACAUAA